UCCUUUGCACGCGCCUGGAGGGUGGGGUCGGCGGCUGCUGCUUGUGAGGUUGACAAGUUCUGUUUCGCAGCAUAGAUUAAUGCCUUUUCAAAGAUAGCACCAAGACAACGGACAAGGCAAAGUAACGUGGUGGUGGCGUCGGCUCGUUUGGGUGCAGUGUAGUGUCGCUGGAAAUGGCAGCCAAUAAGGGUAAAAACCAGAGUUCCUUGGCACUGCACAAGGUCAUCAUGGUGGGCAGUGGGGGAGUAGGCAAGUCUGCGCUCACCCUCCAGUUCAUGUAUGAUGAGUUCGUUGAAGACUAUGAACCCACAAAGGCAGACAGCUACCGAAAGAAGGUGGUGUUGGAUGGUGAUGAGGUACAGAUCGACAUUUUAGACACGGCUGGGCAAGAGGACUACGCGGCCAUCCGGGACAAUUACUUCCGUAGCGGAGAGGGCUUCUUGCUGGUGUUCUCCAUCACCGAACAGGAGUCCUUCACGGCCACAGCGGAGUUCAGAGAGCAGAUUCUGCGCGUCAAGGCAGAGGAGGACACAAUUCCCUUGCUCCUGGUAGGGAAUAAGUCAGACCUGGAGGAGCGCAGGCAGGUGUCUGUGGAGGAUGGCACGGCAAAAGCAGAGGACUGGCAUGUGCAGUAUGUUGAGACGUCAGCCAAGACUCGUGCCAAUGUAGAUAAGGUAUUUUUUGACCUCAUGAGAGCUGUGCAAGCCAAAAAGAAGUCUGAAAAUAAAGACAAAAAUGGAAAGAAUAAGAAGAACAAGAAGAGCUUUAAGGAAAGAUGCUGUUUACUUUGAACUACAAAUGGACUUUUCUCUACACCAAAUCCACUUGCUACUUUGAGGAUCACUCCGAUUUACACAAUUUUCUUUAAUAACCGCACCAUAAAUAGCUGUUUUUAUACUGGCAGGACAUCAUUGCUAAGGCCCUUCAUUAAGUUCCACAUGCAAACUAUCAAAUCGAUAUAAUAAACAUAUUUUUAAUGCUUGAGGACCACUGCCAAAGUGGCUACCUUGUGACAAAAUGAUUGUAGCAUUUUUGGACUCUGAUCAAAUGGAGGUGACCUGCCUGCUCCCUACACUAAUUUUUCUUUUUCUUUCCUUUGUAAUUUAUCUUCAUUUCACAGUUUGGGCUAAGCCUCAGGUUACCUUUUGGAUCUCAGCUUUUGUGUUCAUCUUGCAUCCUUCAAAUUAUAGCUGUGAUUUAUGAUUUUUUUUUCUUUCAUUAUCUUCAGAAAUACUUGAUACAAUUCAUCUUCUUUGUCAGAUUAAAUAAAAACACUCACAGAUUUUACUGCAUUCCCCAAAAGUUUACAUUCCCUGCCCUGAUAUUCCACAUGUACAUUUUCUAAAAGUAUAUUGAAUAUAAUUCCUACCAACUUGAAACUCAAACAUUAAUGAUCCAGUGACCUUUUAAAUCCCAACAGUCAAAAAUGUUGAAUGUAUCUUCAACCUGUACGUCAUGCUAAAAGCACGUGUGACCAAGAUGCUGUGCUUCUCUAAGGCCUGAUUCCAAUUCACAGCUUAUAGCCACUUGAGAUAAUUUGUGGUGGUUUAUACAAGACCAUCUAGUGGUGUUGGAUCCAAAAGCAGUUGUAAUUUCUCCCAAGAAUAGACUGAAGUAGAGUAGAAUGGAGUAGUGGAAGAUAUGGUUUUAUUUUUCUAUGAACUGGAAUCACACCCAAUUGUUGCUUAACCUCUGAAACUUCUGUCCAUAAACCCAUGUGUUAACAUAACAGGGACCACACUGCCUUCAAGUGGUUGGAAUAAUGCUUCACAGAGAACACAGAGGCACCCCACGUUCUACAACUGUGAAAUAACUGCCACGAUGCCUUUGGGUUUUACUGUUUUUGUUUUUUUUUUGUUUUUUUUGUUUUUUUAAUGUGCUGCGUUUUGGACAUCACCCAGUGAGACAAAUGUGCUAUCAUUAUGUGUGUGCCAACCUAAUAUAAGGAAUGGAGUGACUGGCUGACUGAAUGUUGAAUAUAAUGAAAUAGUAAAGCUUGCUUUAAUUGGUGUUCUGGGCUGCUGACCCAGGGGUCCAUUCCCUAAACAUGGCCUGUGAUUUCAGGUCUACACUGCAAGUUUUCUGACUUGUUUUCCACUUGCUGAUGAAGAGCAAUCUUCAGAGUGUGUUGCCUAAUAAUAAAACACUCUUUUGUUGUA